AUGGACCAAGACGGAGUGACAAGACGCCGCCGCCGGCCAGUAGUUGUUGCUCAUAAAGGAUAUGCUUUACCGGAAUACACGAACGACUCUGAUUCCGAUGGUGAUCUUGCUGUGCCACAGAAGCGACCUGCUUACAAAGACGAUGGAAAUAUUCCAAGUACGAGUUCUGCAAAUCCAAUGAUUGCGAAAACAGAAGACGGAAAAACUACAUCGCAAGCUAAUUCAAAGAUGAAGUUGGUGAUGGAUCUCUUCAAGAAGCAUCAUCAGAAACGUGGCUUCAACUACUUCAGUCAUUCGAUUAUUGAGGAGAUUCGCUUGGCUUCCACCGAUCAACCUUUACUUGAUAUGGCUAUCGCAAUUGAAGGAGCAUCGCAAGUUUACAGUUAUCGAGUAGAAACGACCAUGAUGCAUUGCAAGGAGACACACGAUAUUUGUGUUGGAGCUAAGACCAAAGCAGCAACGGUUGACGAGAUUGAAAUCACAGAAAACGGGAAACUGGCCAUCGAUGAAACUACGGCAACGGCGAAAAAAAACGCCGGAAAGCCGAAGACCCAGAUGCCAAAGACAACUACCAGAAUAGGAUGGCGGAUUUAUGGGAAAAUAUUGGCAAGCAGCAAGGAGUUACAGAGGGUUUGGAAGGGAAAAAGGAAGAAAAUAGCGAUAGCGAUGAAGAGGAAGAGCUGGAAGACGAUGAACCAGAAUCCGAAAUUGAGGCUUUUAUUCGGGAAGCUUCUUCUUGGAAUACUUAUCGAAUCGAAUCCAAAGCUUGUUACCGAUUCUUCAUCACUCAAAGUUCGCCGAAAAGAAUCUCGUCAAAACUCCUAUUAUGCUGCUGCCAUUUAUAAUAAGAACCGAAACUAUUCUCAUCGGAUUUUCACGAUGAAUUGCAUUCGAACACAAGACGCUAGAAAAUUUAUUCUACAUCCACGGUCGGUUCCCGAUCCAGAAGCCAGCUUUCAUAAGCCCUAUCCGAAAGAUUGUUUGGAUUCUCUUGCAGGUCUUUGUCAUAAUGCUUUGUCGGAUAAGCCUCAAUCGUAUGGCUAUUUCUUCCCAAAAACAACUAUCAACACAAAGGACACAGCUCUUGGGGUUGAUGGAGAAGAAGAAAACUAUUUGCUGGAACAAGAUGAACUCGAUGAUGUGAUCACAAAUCAAAGAGAAGAUGACACGACGAUAAUGCCAGAUCGCACCUUAAUGGAUGCAACGCUUGCAAAUAGAACUUCGGCUUUUGGAGGAAGUGGACCGAAACGCGUCACACUAAAAGGUCUUGGUGAAAAACAGAUUCGCAUGGCCGACUUAGUUGAUACAUUUGUGGGUGCUUCGAUCGAUCCAAAGCUUUCGAUGUCAUUAGCUGAUAUGGUACGCGAUCUGUAUUCUAACGCUUUACCGAUGCGGCGCGGAACCAGAACCAAUGAAUUUAACUUGAAAAGCGACGUAAAUGGCGAUACAACCACAAUAUUUGAGGAGACUCGUUGCGUGCGACUUUUCGGUUUCGGGCCAAUAAUUGCACAACUUGAAUCGAGCUGGCAUGCUGAAUAUAGGCAGCUGUCUAUUACACGCGAUGAUUAUGAAGAUCAAAUGAAUGCCAUCAACGAGUUGCCCGACGAGAAGAAAGACAUUGCUCAGAGAUCUGUGUUGCCUCCUGGUCGUUAUAAACUUUUCGCUGCACCACCAGACGCACCGCAUAACUACCCCCGUGAUCCAGCAUCCAACAAACCGCUGAUGGAAGAAGCCAAUCACCUAAAAAUUACCACGGAAAUGGCAGUGUCAUUUGCUGAAUAUGUAGACGCAUUUGACGACUCUGGCGCUGGAAGGUUGGGAAGCGACGCUGGUUUUGACACAGAUUUGGCUCCAAUUCCCACGGAUUUGCUCACAGACAACAACAAUGAUGCCCAAAAAGAUAUCCCUCCUCACUUGGACGAACAAGAUGCCCCAUUUGAAGCCGAGGCCAGAGAGGAAGAGAUUAUACCGGAUUUUGAUCUGCAAAGGAUUGGAAAAAUUGAUGAUGCUCAUUGGAACAAGAAGGUUGAGAAGCGGACUGAGAAAGAAGAACAACAGCGGAAAGAGACGAGAGAGCAAAAGAAACAAGCACAGGAAGAAUUUUUGAACAGUUGUAAUUUGCCUUACGACGACUUCAUUAGCUACCAUGAUUCAUUAGCGAACCGCUUUAAUUCCAUUCCGAAUCGUGAAAUCCUCGAGGAAAAAUAUCUGUUGACAAAGAAGCAAGUCGAGGAGAUGAUUAAAAGCCGUCUUUCCGAGAGCCACAAAGUGCAAGACAUCUACGACUACAAUCUAUUCACGAAACCAUGCUUCCUUAAUAAUGGUCGUUUUGGGCAUUGUGAUUUCAAGCCGGUUCCAGCACCCGAUAAACCAUUACGAAAGCUUCCUCGUUUCCCAGGAUUGGAAGACGACAACUGUGAAGAUGAAGAUGAGGAUGAAAGCCCAGAAGAGAUGGCAGAGGCCUAUGUGAAUUGGAUGUCAGCCUUCUCGCUUUAUUAUGAACCGGAUGAGAGGGCUACAUUAUCCUCAGGCAACUUUCGAUCUCAACUUGAAAACGAUAACGGUGGGCCAAGUUUUCCAGUAGGGCCACUCGAUUUUGGUGACGAUGAUAUGGGAAUUGAUGACUUUGACGAUAACAUUGUUGAACCAAUCAACGUUUCAAAGCAGAGACGAAAGAACCAAUUCACCUUCGAGCACGCCAGAAUGUUGGAAGAUAAUGAAGAACCCGCUCAUGAAAUCGAAACAGAUAAAGAGGCGAUGAAUGAGGAAGACGCGAGGCUUUUGGAACAGAUGCUCGAACUUGCUCGUGGAGCCAAACAACAAAGGGUGGAUACUUUACAAGUGAAACUUGCCAUCAAACAACUUCUUGGCAAUGAUGACUUAAAAGAUGGACACUUGAAACGUAUUGCUCAGGGCUACUCCAACGAGAAAAAUAUGCUUCCAAUUGCCAACAGGCUGGCGGCACUUAGCGGUUGCUCGGAUAAGGAAAACGACAAGAUGGAAGUUGAUCAGUGCGAGGUUGAAGCGGAAUCCACUAACGUUGAAGAGGACACAUCAACUCAAGGUGGUCUUGAGAAUAAAAUCAAAGAAGCCUUGACUGCUCCGCCAGUUGAUGUGGAAGCGGCUGAGGUUGAAGAGGUGGAAGGAAUGAACGACGAAGAAGAUGAUACGCAUAACGUCUCACUUCGAGUGACAAAUUUUGGUGUUGAAGGUGAACAUUCGUUCUCGUCGCUUGUCUCUAUGCUCCCAUUGCGUCUUCCGGCUCAUGAUCGACAGAUUCACAUAGCUACCACACUUGUUAUUGCUCUUCAUAUGUGCAACGAGAAUGGUUUGAUCUGCGAGCAGCAACGGUCGUCUUCUGAUGGACUUGACUCAUCAAAUUGGAUGUCUGACUUUGUAUUUAAAAAUUCCGACGAUGCUCAACCUGAG